AUGGCGGUUAAGGAUGUGGAUAGAGGUUUGCGGAGAUUGAAUCUGGGCAUUGCCUUUAUGCUGGCUGCUUCAGCUACAUCGGGGUAUAAUGCCAGCCAGAUCAAUAGUUUGUUGGUGCUACCUGAGUUUGCCGUUUUCUUGAAAGGACUCAGUGCCAAUGCCGAAGGCCUCAUCAUCGCUUCUGUCUCUCUGGGCUCAUUCCUAACUUUUAUUCCCGCCUCGUACGUUGCCGACAGACUGGGCCGCCGUCCCUGCGUCGCCAUCGGAGCUACGCUCGUCAUCCUAGCAUCGGUAAUCCAGGUAGCAGUCAAGCAUCCAUGGGUAUUCUUCGGUGCUCGCGUCGUCACAGGAGCAGGUGUUGGUUUCUCACAAACAGCUGCGCCAUUGCUUAUUGCCGAGGCGGCACACCCGCGGCAACGAAGCGUUCUUACCGGUCUCUAUAAUGCAAUCUGGUUCUGUGGCUCGAUCACAGCGGCUGCUAUCGCCUUUUCCACCCUGAGUAUCGAAAACAGUUGGUCAUGGCGGGUUCCCUGUAUGCUGCAGGUUAUGUAUCCAAUCUUCCAGUUAAUCGGGCUGUUCAUCAUCCCCGAGAGUCCUAGGUGGCUGGUCUCCAAGGACCGCAAGGGCGAGGCACGAGCUAUGCUUGUACGGUAUCAUGGAAAUGGAGAUGUAAGCAGUGCGCUUGUUCAGGAGGAAUAUGAUCAGAUCUGCAGUAGUAUCAGCGCCAUGGCGGAUCUGAAGGCCACAUCUGGAUGGAGCGCCUUCCUCAAGACUCGCGGCGAUGUGCAUCGUCUCUCAAUUUGCAUUCUGAUGGGAUUCAUGCAAGAAUGGACAGGAAAUGGUGUCACUUCUUACUAUCUCCCGCCCAUUCUCGCCUCAGUUGGAAUCAAACAUGCCUCUCACCAAGCAGCCGUGAACAUCAGCUUACAAGUGUGGAAUUUGAUCUUUGCCGUGGGGGGAGCCAGUACCUCAAACCGAUACGGACGUCGCGUUCUUUGGCUGAGCGCCACAACUCUCAUGUUGAUCUUCCUGUCCACAACAACCGUGAUGACAGGUCUUUUCUCCGAGCUCCACAUUAUUGAAGCUGGAAUUGCAGUGAUUCCCAUGCUUUUCCUUUUCUGUGCAGCAUACGACUUUGCAUAUAUGCCUCUUUUCAUCGCGUACCCCGCCGAGAUCCUCCCGUUCCAGCUGCGCGCCAAGGGUCUCGCUAUCACGCUGACCACGGAUUCUCUCGCCUGUUUCUUCAAUCAGUACGUUAACCCGGUGGCGUUUGCCGUGUUACAGUGGAAAUACUUCGUUAUCUAUAUUGGUUGCCUGAUCGUCUUCCUUGGCGUGGUAUACUUCCUUUUCCCCGAAACGCAGGGACGGUCUCUGGAGGACGUGGCGCGUAUCUUCGAGGAUGGUAAGAUCCUCCAAGUGAUGUCGCCCACUGACUCAGAGAAUGAGGGGGAGUCGGAGAAGUCUUUUGAGAAGACCUCCUUUGCGGUGAAGUCGGCGCUGUGA